AAAAAUAUAUAUAAUCUGUUACUUUGGGCAAACACGUUUAGAGCAAGCGCACUUAAUCUCGAUCGCAGUCGUCAGCUGCCAGCGAAGCCCGCGCUGGGCUGCUGGUUUGAUGACGGGGCAGAUAACGACAAAGCGACGGAGAGCGACCACUGACCGCAAGCGUGCGAUAAAAAAAAAACAGGCUGAGCAUUAUCGCGGUUGAUCAUGCGGUGGUUCUUUCGUUCUCUCCCGCUGUUCCCACACCACCCGGCAAAAAGAUUCUGCUACCUGAACCACUACGAAAUCGGGUCUGCACUGAUGUGGCUCCAGUUUCUACCCGCCGAUGGUCGGCAACUUUUGAACAUUAUGCCGUACGGCGUCGCUCGCAAAGAAAGGACAGCGCAUGCGCCAAAGGGGCGACCUAGGCGGCGUCGGAAGCCAUUGCACGCUUUAUGUGACACUUCAUUUUCGUUGAACGCCACACCCGUGCUGCUGUCAAGAGGAAGGGAAUCUGGUCCAUUUGGGAGGACGCAGCCGCAUUGUGAACCAAUCAGAGCUUACAAGAUGGCGAAUUGGACAAUAUGGCGUAAUUUGACAAUGUCCAGAACAGCAACCCCAAGUGAAGAGGUGAGAUACUUUCGCCUACCUUCAGUUUCCUAAUGAAGAGCGCCAACUCGGCGCCGACGAUCCUGGCGUUGGCGCAUGCGCUCUCGUAGAGGCCAACGUUUCCUUCGCUCCAGUCGACAAUGAUCACGUUCACGUCCGCCUGCUUCAGGUGGUGUUCAUCUCUGCCGACCGGAACAAGCAGGACAUGCUCAACUACAUGCGUACAUCCCACGGUGACUGGUAUGGCUUGCCUUUUGACGAUCCGCUCCAAAGGCGUACAGCACUGCCAGCAGCAGGAGCAUCAAGAGGAGGAUACAGCAGAUGAGGCAAGCGUCACCGCUGGCCUCCCUCCUCGCCCAUUUGCUGAGAAGGAAGGACUUCGUGAGCCACGUACUUUGGGCGAGUCGUCUGCUUGCCUGCCUACCUGGACUUCACGGACAAAGGGCAAUGCUGAUGGAGUUGUUCAGGGGCAAGAUGCUGCUCCGCAAGGACGGCAGCCAGCACGCGGCCGACGACGUGCUCAGUGAGACCCGAGUGCUGGCGCUGUACUUCUCGGCCAGCUGGUGUCCCGCGUGCCGCAUGUUCACGCCAGUCCUGGCCGAGGCUUACAGGCAGACCAAGAACCACAAGGUCGAGGUCGUGUUCGUCUCGUGGGACCGCUCCAUGUUCGCCAUGCUGCGCUACAUGCGUCAGAGCCACGCCAACUGGUACGCCGUCAAGUACGGGGACCCUCUCCGGCUGGAACUGUCGGUCAAGUAUGGCGUCACCGGCAUUCCCGCUCUGGUGAUCAUCAAGAAAGACGGCAGCGUGGUCAAUCCUGAUGCACGUGUUGACGUCACAACCAAGGGACACCAGGCAUUUCUCGAUUGGCUAGCCUUGUCGUAAUAGCGAAGACAAGAAACUCCGGCUCAGUUACGCCGAAAGCUGCAGUCGUUAGCUUCAAGAGGCUCUACGAAGAUGUAUCGAA